AUGUCAAUAUCAGUUGAUAGUAACAAUCUUAGUUUUGUUAACGAUUUGAAUCCUGGGAAAGAUAUGUGUAAGAUGAAAGCGAGAAUUAUUCGAAAAUGGAAUCAAGGUUACAAAAUGGAUCUCAUCUUCAUUGCUGAAAAGGGUGCGAAGAUUCAAGCAGAAGAUGAUGUUGUCAUUCUGUCGAAAUUUGGUGUUGGUGAGAAUAAAGAUUUAUAUAAAGUUGUAGUACAGCCUUAUAAAAUCAACUUUUAUAGAUGCACAACUGUUACACCUGUGAGAUAUUGGCAAGGUGUUGAGUAUGGUUUCAGCUUCAGAGCUUAUCAAGAUAUUCUUCAAGGAGAGGCGUUAAACUCUUUGAGUGUUGAUAUUGCUGGAUCAGUGGUUUGUUGUGGAGAUCUUAAAUUCUUUGGUCGACCUCCAAAAGAGACUAAGAAGAUCAAUAUCGAUAUUCAAGACUUGGAGGGUAAGGUUUUGCGGUGUACUGUGUGGAAUGAUUAUGCUCUGCAGUUUAAGGAGUUCAUCUCUAAAAUUCCAGCUCAUGAUCAUGUGAUGUUUGCAACACGAAUGUUUCUGAAUGAAGAAAUUGAUGAAGUUAAUCAGCUAAGGAGGAGUCUUAUACUGAAGUUUGGACAAGGGAGUAGUUCUACUUCUCAAACAAUACUAUCGUCUCAGACCGUUUUUCCAUUGCAUAAAGAAUUUGUAACUGAUGGUGUGAGGAAACAUGUUGAUGAGAUUAGUGAGAUAGAAAAGGAAAUGUCUUGUGUUGUGGUUGCGACAAUUAAGAUUGUGCAAGAAAAGUAUGGUUGGUUUUAUACUGCCUGUCAUAAGUGUUUCAAGAAGGUCAUGGGUAAAAGUGAAUACUUGCAGAAUGUUGAAAAUGUUUCGGAUGAUAUUGUUCAGUUGCCCGCGACUUCUUUGGUUUAUCCCAAAUGUCGUAGUGAAUGUAUAGCCAUCACCACAAAUUUAAGACUGAUAUUUGAAUAUAGUUUUGCAGUUUACUUAGUCAUUUGUAUAUAUUUCAAGUUCAAGGUGCAAGUCCGGGUGCAGGAUGAGAGUGGUAGUGUUUCUUUUGUUAUGUUUGAUAGAGAUGUUCAGAAGCUUCUUGGAUUAGCGGCGAGUGACAUAAGAGAGAGGCAGGUGAAGGCGAAUGAUACUGGAUGUUUCCCUUAUGAGAUAUUUCGAUUGGUUGAUAAGAAGGUCGCUUUUAAGAUUGAUGUUUUAGAGUUCAAUUUUAAAAAUGACUAUCGUGUUUAUACCGUGCAAAAAACAUGUGAUGAUCCAGAAAUAAUUGCUGAGUUGGUUGGUGCAGAUGGUAAUGGUGAUGAAAAUACUGAUGAGGUAGCUGAAGUUAAAGAUGUUAACAUUUCAGAAUCUUCCCAGGUGUCUGCUGAACGAACUUCAAGGGAUGUUAUCUCUGUUAAGGCCGACUCUUCAGCCAUUGAAGUUGAAAAGGAUUCUGGAUCAAGUCCCAAUGGAAAGCGGAUAGCUCAAGAUGUUGAUGUUGUUAACGUUGGUGAGCUAUCCACUAAUGGGAGAAGAACCCGGAAGAAGCUGUCUAAGGUUAACAAUUAG